CAGCAGCAGCAGCAGGAGCUGACCUCGCUCUUCGAGUGCCCCAUCUGCUUCGACUAUGUGCUGCCGCCCAUCCUGCAGUGCCAGGCCGGGCACCUGGUGUGCAAGCAAUGCCGGCAGCAGCUGAGCCUCUGCCCCACCUGCCGGGGCUCCCUCACCCCCAACAUCCGCAACCUGGCCAUGGAGAAGGUGGCCUCGGCUGUGCUCUUCCCGUGCAAGUAUGCCACAACAGGCUGCUCCCUGACACUCCACCACACAGAAAAGCCAAAACAUGAAGCCAUCUGCGAGUACCGUCCCUACUCCUGCCCGUGCCCCGGGACCUCCUGUGACUGGGAGGGCUCCUUGGAAGCCGUGAUGUCCCACCUCAUGCACGCCCACAAAAGCAUUACCACGCUUCAGGGAGAAGACAUCAUUUUCCUUGCCACGGACAUUAACCUGCCGGGGGCAGUGGACUGGGUGAUGAUGCAAUCGUGCUUUGGUCACCACUUCAUGCUGGUGCUGAAGAAGCAGGAGAAGUGUGAAGGCCACCAGCAGUUUUUUGCCACCGUGCUGCUGAUCGGCACCCGCAAGCAGGCGGAGAACUUUCAGUACAGACUGGAGCUGCACGGCAGCUGCCACCGGCUGACCUGGGAGGCGUCGCCCUGCUCCAUCCACGAGGGCGUGCCCGUGGCCAUCCGCAGCAGCAACUGCCUGGUUUUUGACACAGCCACCGCUCACCUCUUUGCUGACAACGGAAACCUCGGCAUCAACGUGACCAUUUCCAUGUGCUGCCCAUGAUGCACUGCUGGCUGAUGUAAGCUUCACCGGGGUUUGGUUUUGGUUCCCGUUUUUUACGCUGUUCAGCUAUGUCAUCCUGUGUGCUAAGGUUUCUGACUAGCCAAGGGUUGUGACUUUGGGCAGAAGAGGAGCAAGAGUGUGCUGUAAGUAACAUGAGCGGGACAAGGUCUUUUAAAAUUCUUGGGUGCCUUAGGAAGAUUACACACACACAGAGUUACCUUUUAUAAUUUAAUUAUAUUUUAUGUAAAGAGUGCUUCCAUUAGAUAUGUGGCUUAAGAGGCUCACGUUUGGAGCACACCUAAAAGCCCUUUCAGCAGCAGUACACACUCCCUCUGUCACUGGUGAGCUUUAAUAAAAGGCCUUAGUAUCACAGGAGGGUUUGGUUUGGAAGAGACUAUCAUCUGUUCCAAUCCUCCUGCCAUGGCAGGGACACCUUCCACUAUCCCAGGCUGCUCCAAGCCCUGUCCAGCCUGGCCUGGA